AUGCGCGAAAAGCUCUUCACCCUCAAACGCCCGCGCAUGCGCCAAUCCUGGUCCAAAUGGAACCUCUACAACCUCACCCGCCAGCGCCCCCCGCGCCUCGAGCGCCGCACCUUCUUCCAGCAAAAGUGGACCUCCAAGGCCGAGACGCGCGCCUACCACGGCGAGUACCUGACAGCGCGGCAAUGGCAGACCAUGUUCCGGCGCACACUCAAGGCCGUCGUGCCCAUGUACAGCGUGGAUCUCGCCGAGCACAGCGGCGCACACAUGGCUGCCGGCCGGGGCGCCGGCGUCGGCGCUGACCAAGGGGUCGGGGUGCCCGCUGUGCCCUAUAUGAGCCAGCUGUAUUGGCCCAUGGAGAGGAGGCUGGAUAUUGCGUGCUAUCGCGCAAUGUUUGCGGCGAGUCCGAGGAUGGCGAGGCAGUUUGUGAUUCAUGGGUUUGUGAAGGUGAAUGGGAAGAAGAUGACGCAUCCAAACUACAUGCUUAACCCCGGCGACAUGUUCUCCGUCGACCAGACCAAAGUCCUCUACGCCACCGGCGCCCCCAAAGUCGGCACCGGCAAGUCCGCCUCCGAAUCCACCGAGUCCGACUCCGAAUCCACCGAGACCCCCGAGGCCACCGAAGAAGAAGAAGGCACCUCCGCCGAGGCCUCCGACGAAGCCCCCGACCCCGUCACCCCCGACGAAGCCCUCGCCGCCCUCUCUCUCGACACCCCCUCCAGCAGCAGCAGCACGCACAAGAAAGGCGACCCCAACAACCCGGUCGACUACAGCAAGCCGUACGCGACCCCCUGGCGCCCGCGCGACUACCUCCCGCCCUUCGCCUUCAUCCCAAAAUACCUCGAGGUCAACCACAACACGUGCCACGCCGUGUAUCUGCGCCACCCCGUGGCGCGUCCGGGGCAGACGGAGGUGCCGUCGCCAUUUGGGCCCGAGGUCAUGCAGUUGGCGUUUAAUUGGUUCUUGAGGAGGAGGUAG